AUGAGCUGCGAUUCCGAUGUGGUUCAUGUGUUCCUCGUAUCAUUCCCCGGCCAAGGCCAUGUGAACCCUCUUCUGAGGCUUGGGAAGCGCCUGGCCUCAAAAGGUUUGCUUGUCACCUUUUGCACACCCGAAAGCUGGGCCAAACACAUGAGAAAGGCAAGCCACAUCUCCGACGAGCCAGCCCCGAUCGGCGACGGGUUCAUGAGGUUCGAAUCGUUCGAAGAUGGGUGGGAUGAGGAUGAGCCGAGGCGUAAUGACUUGGAUGAAUAUCUGCCUCAACUGGAGUUAGUUGGAAAGGAAGUCCUCCCUCUCAUGAUCAACAAGCAUGCCCAACAAGGCCGACCCGUCUCGUGUCUCAUCAACAACCCUUUCAUUCCUUGGGUUUCCGACGUGGCAGAAGCCCUCGGCCUCCCUUUCGCCAUGCUUUGGGUUCAAUCCUGUGCUUGCCUCUCUGCAUACUAUCAUUACUACCACAAAUUAGUCCCUUUCCCAUCCCAAGCUGACCCCGAAAUCGAUGUUCAUCUCCCUUGUAUGCCUCCUUUGAGAUACGAUGAAAUCCCGAGCUUCUUGUAUCCAACCACUCCCUGCCCCUUCUUGAGAAGGGCAAUCAUAGCACAGUUCAGCAACUUGGAUAAAUCUUUUUGUAUUUUGAUGGACGCAUUUCAUGAGCUGGAGCAAGACAACGUUGACUACAUGUCCAAGAUUUGCCCUAUUAUUAAGACGGUGGGGCCCUUGUUCAAGGCACCGAACACAAACACUUUACGUGGUGAUUUCUUGAUGGCUGAUGACUGCAUCGAUUGGCUUAACUCAAAGCCAACCUCUUCCGUUGUGUAUAUAUCAUUUGGCAGCGUGGUGUACUUGAAACAGGACCAAGUUGAUGAGAUCGCUCAUGGCCUUCUUGAAUCAGGAGUUUCGUUCCUGUGGGUCAUGAAGCCGCCGAAUAAAUAUUCUGGGCAUGACCCACUCGUGCUUCCUGAUGGGUUCAUGGAGAAAGCUGGGAACAAAGGAAAAGUGGUGAAAUGGAGUCCUCAGGAGCAGGUUCUGGGUCACCCCUCUGUGGUUUGCUUUGUGACACACUGUGGGUGGAACUCUUCUAUGGAGGCAAUCACCUCUGGAAUGCCGCUUGUUGCCUUCCCACAGUGGGGAGACCAAGUCACCAACGCCAAGUACUUGGUGGAUGUGUUCGGAGUGGGUGUUAGAAUGUGCAGGGGUGAAGCUGCAAAUGAAUUGAUCACCAGGGAUAAGGUUAAGCGCUGUUUGUUGGAGGCAAUCGCUGGCCCCAAAGCGGAGGAGAUGAAACAGAAUAUGCUCAGGUUGAAGGCGGCAGCAGAAGCGGCGGUGGCCGAAGGUGGUUCUUCUGACCGGAAUAUCCAAGCAUUUGUGGAUGAAGUAAGCAAGAGAAGCAUAGAAAUUAAGAACAAGCAUGCCGUUGCCGUUGCUGUUGCUGUUGCUGCUUCUGUCAACAAGCCACUGGAAUAUUAA